CAGUGACAGCAUAUGAAGAGACUAAAGAAAGGAAGAGUCCAUCGUGCGCGGUCGCAAGUCAUAUGACAGCACUAAGCAUUUCCUCUACACMUGUGCGAACGCCACAACACUGGUCGUUUUCUGUCGAAGUUGAGUGGUAAUAUCAAUUUCAGGAUGCUGGCAUUCAUAAACCAGCUUUUGGACUGGUUCAAGUCCCUCUUUUGGAAAGAGGAGAUGGAGUUGACUCUGGUUGGACUUCAACACUCUGGGAAAACCACAUUUGUUAACGUUAUAGCUUCUGGGCAUUUUAGUGAAGACAUGAUCCCUACAGUAGGAUUCAACAUGAGGAAGGUCACAAAAGGCAACGUUAACAUCAAGAUCUGGGAUAUAGGAGGGCAGCCGAGGUUCAGGAGCAUGUGGGAACGUUACUGUCGGGGAGUUAACGCAAUUGUAUACAUGGUGGAUGCAGCUGACCGUGAGAAGGUGGAGGCUUCCAGGAAUGAGCUGCACAAUUUGUUAGACAAGCCUCAGUUGCAAGGAAUUCCUAUUUUGGUUCUUGGCAACAAAGGAGAUAUCCCCAGUGCUCUAGACGAGAAGCAGCUCAUUGAAAACAUGAAUUUGGCAGCUAUUCAAGACAGAGAGAUUUGCUGCUACUCUAUUUCCUGCAAAGCGAGAGACAACAUAGAUAUCACACUGCAGUGGCUCAUCCAACACUCCAAAUCUGGGAGAAGCUGAAAGUACAGGAACUCUGUUCUCCCAGAUCUAUCUUCAAUGUUACCCUCAUGCCACACCCUGUUCACUCUCUGUUCACACAUGUACAGUGUUCCCUCCAACUCCGAUGCUGCACUGUGCACCCUGCCCGUUACUCCCUGUUGUUCUAAUUUUAUCCAAUGAUUCUCCCCCACAAAACCCCAUACUACUGCACUACUAAAAGAUGGUAGCCCCUGGUCAAUACCAAAUACCACA